AGUUUUGAACAUUCGACGGUCCUCUAAAAUAUGGGGAAGAUUUUGGCGGCACAGUUCGGUUGUUCGCUAAACAUCGGAAAUAGUAAUCGAAGCAUGGCGAGAAUCGCAACCUUCAAUCUGUGUUCGAGUUGUUCCUCUCGUUCUUCUUCAGUUUCUUUCUCACGAAAACCAUCUUUUUUCCCAAUGCGAAUCUCCUCCGGAACGCCUCUGCGUUACAGAUUUCCAAAAAUUUUUGCAUUUUCUAGCAAUGAUAUCAAAGUGGGCUCGAAUGUUGAAGUUGAUGGAGCUCCUUGGAGGGUUAUAGAAUUUCUUCAUGUAAAACCUGGAAAAGGAGCAGCUUUUGUGAGGACCAAGAUGCGGAAUUAUGUAACAGGCAACACAGUUGAGAAAACUUUUCGAGCUGGAAGUACGAUAACUGAGGCAAAUAUGAUGAAGGAAACCAAACAGUAUACGUACAAAGAUGGUAACCAGUUUGUGUUCAUGGACCUGAGUACUUAUGAAGAAAUACGUUUAAAUGCGUCAGAUGUUGGCGAUAAGACUAAGUGGCUAAAAGAGGGCAUGGACUGCACUGUGCUCUUCUGGAAUGGAAAAGUUAUUGAUUUUGAACUUCCCGUCUCAGUUAAGUUGACUGUGGUUGAUGUGGACCCUGGACUUAGAGGUGACACUGCACAAGGAGGAUCAAAGCCAGCGACUCUAGAUACUGGAGCUGUUGUAAAUGUUCCAUUGUUUGUGAAUAUUGGUGAUGAAAUAAUGGUGGAUACGAGAACUGGCCAAUACAUGAGCCGUGCUUAACCAAUGGCUCCAAAGUUUUUAUAAUCCCAUUUACCAAGGACUACCCUUUGCUAUUCUGAUCCAUUUUUGACAGGUUUAAGAGAUCAUUGGCAAGCUUUCUUUUAACUAGAGGCUUCCAUGAUGUAAAGUACUGUUGAAGACCCAUAGAGAUUGGUGGUGCCAUCCAUAGCACACUUGUGUAUCCCACCCAUUGAUCUACUUCGACUACAUAUCAAUAGAAUACCUUUGAAUUGACAUUAUCUGAAACUCAGGAGUUAUAGAGAUUUGCAGUUUUAAACCAGUCUCCUGGCCAUCUACAUUGUCUAUUAGUACCACAUAAAUGCAAAUCCAUUUUUGCAGCUAUUUCUUUCAAUGAAGCAGUUGACUGAUGGGGUUGUAGCCUGUAGAUAAGACCUUUGUACCAA